GGCAGCAGUUAGAGCAGGGAGAGUAGCAUAGAAAAUAAAGUUUACCGCAUCAGUGAAGAACAAUGGCAGAAACUGAGAGCUGCACUUUUCAUGUUCCUUCCCUUGAAGAAAUCUGUUCUAUUUUAAAGAGCGGACUGCUGAAGAAUUUUGCAGAUGUCAAUGUCAUAGUAACGGAAUGUCCUGACCUGACUAAGGAACCUUUUGAAUUUCCUGUAAAAGGUUUGUGCGGAAAAUCGAGAAUUGCUGAUGUAGGUGGUGUUCCAUACUUGGUGCCAAUGCCACGUCUUGAUAAAGUUUACAAUGUUAAUACAGUGGCCAAGAAAAUUGGUCUACCUGGGGCCUAUAUCUUAGGUGCUGGAGCAACUUCACAUAGAAGCCUGGGAAUGAAUGCUGAGCUAAUCUUCUCUGUGCAAGCAGAAAGCACAUCCACACUAGCUGUUAAUAAGAGUUAUGUUGCUAGCGUCAACCCUGGUGAUGGCAGCUGUUUGCUGGAGAAAUAUAGGGAUAGGAAUAAUGACAACGACUUUGGGCUCCUGUCUAACCUAUAUGCCUGUGAAGGGAAACCAGGAAAGGUCAUUGAAGUUAGUGUGAAAAGAAGAAUAGGUCAGGAUAACUUUGUAAGCUGUAUGAGGAAAUCCCUGAAAGAACAUUACGGAGAGAAUGCUGUGGGAAUGGGAGGAACAUUUCUUAUAAAGCAAGGGAAAGCAAAGCUUCACGUUAUGCCUCGUGAAUAUUCUGCUUGUCCUCUGAAUACUGAUGAAGAUGUUAAUGGCUGGUUGAAGUUUUAUGAUAUGACGGCUCCUCUGAUAUGCCAGUCCGUUUUUGUUUCACAUGAUCCAGGUUAUGACUUGCGCCUAGAACACACACAUUGCUACAGUCACCAUGGAGAAGGUGGGCACUACCAUUAUGAUACAACCCCAGAUACAGUGGAGUACCUUGGCUACUUUCAUCCUGCAGAGUUUCUAUAUCGCAUUGAUAAACCAUCUGCCACUCACUUGGUUGGAAGGGAUUAGAUGAUGUGGGAUCAGGCACAGUGCUUGUCAUCCUUUCAUGGUCAGAUCAAAAUGUUUAGAAGAGCCUUAAAUUAUCUUAAAAAAUAAUUGAAAAAUUGCUGGAUAUUAUAAAAAGGUAGGGACAAAUGUAUGCAGCAUUAAUAAUAUUGAUUUAGGCUUUGUAAAAAAUACAAAUCCUCCAAGAUUGAUCAAUCUUUUUCCCAUGCUGUCAGAAUUGUUGCAGUAUUCAUUCGGGAUUAAUGAUUUGGAAAGAGGUGUUAGUGUUCAGUGUUUCUGCAGAACUCUGACACUUCACUGAACAGAAUGGUGUUUGAUUGCUUCAAAGCAAUCUAACACAGUCUGAUGAAUUUACAUAUUCCUCUGCUUUUAUCAAUAUGUCAAACAUUAUACACCUUCCUGCCUGUCAGUAACAUUUUCUUGACUAGAAUGUUAUGAAAUUGCAAAACUGCUAGAAAUCAGUCUGGAUUUCACCGUUCACUAUAAGUCUGGCCCUUCCUUUUUUUUCAACAUUUUGUAAUUUUUUUUUGCAUCACAACUGCCCUGUUUCCAUUUGUCAUGUUCAUUUUUACAGAAGUAUCAAAUCACUCUAUCAAAUGAUUGUUUUUCUUUGCAAAAUAAACCUUCAGUUGUGGGGUAGCAACAAUAUUCAAUGUCAUUUUGCUGUAAUGUGUCUAUGAUAUUGCUCUAUUGAUAAGUAUUUCUAAUGGUCUGCUUGGAAUGAAUAUGAUCUUAGUAGGCAAAUCCAGAAAAGGAGAUGACUGGUUACAUUAUUAAUAAUUUCAGUAACUGCUAUGGAAUUAUACCAAUAAAUAUAAAUAUUAUGUUAGGAUCAUUAUUUUAUUCCCAACAUAACAGAUGUUUGUUUCAUUACAACAGCAAUAAAAUAUUAAUAAAAGUGUGUUUUCCUCAUCUUACGGGGAACAAAAUGAUAUCUGUGUCCAUGUAUUUGCUGUGAUUAAAAAAUUAGCUGCUUUGUCAAUCAAUAAAAAAAUGUAAAACAGAGAUGUGCAGCUCAUUUCUAGCCUUUAUAACAGCCACAGAUAAUUCACCUUACAUAUUCUAACCAUUUUAGACCUCUCUCUCUCUCUCAGUGAUUCUUAAACAUGGAGCAUGUUCCAUAUUGCAACCAGUUUUAUUCAGUUCACCAAAUAAAGUUCAAUUCAGUUCUAAA